UGGCCAGUGUCAAAUAUCAGGCUUCUUGUUCAUAAUGCAGAAAUACAGAACCCUUAAAUUUUGUCUGGAACUAAUCAGUAUAUAUAACUUAGGUAGCUAUAUCAAGGCAUGAUACUUCUAGUCACAUAUACAUAGCUAGCAUUAUCUGUUCAUAUAAAUGUGUUUGCAGUUUGAAUGAUCAUAGUGCUUACGCUACUAUGUAGAAGACCACUGGGACAGUGAUUGCUUUUUAUGUUUCAUGUUGCUUUAAAUAGCUUGAAAGCUCAAGCUGCUCACAGGACUCUAGCCUUGUAAAUGUUUGUCAUUGUUGCCUCACUUGGUUCUCAUUUUACACUCCUAUCUUUAAAUUGGAUUGCAUGGUCUUCCAAUCAUGAAACUAUUUGUCACGCAUAGCCCCUCUCACCGGGGUAUCUAUGCUGUGACUGAGAGACCUCUUGUGAAAAUCAGAGCUCUAAAUUAUUAUACUUCAGGGUGACUGUGGUAACAGACUUGAUAAUGAAUUGAAAACGGAGCUGCCUCCUGUGUUGACUUGUAUUACGCAUUGAAUAGGCUUCACUGCCUCCUGUGGGGAGAAAGUGGUGGAGGAGGUGCCUCCCCAUAGCCUGAGAUGACCUGGGUGUGAGCAUUUUGAGCAACUGCAACAAAGCUCCCUUCACUGCCUGCCCAUGGGUAUUGCAGGAAAGUGAGGAGAGCUGCUCUGGUUGCUGUAUUGCCUGCCACACUUGUGGGACCCUUGGGACAGAAGAAUAAAAGCUCAGUUGGCUCUGUGAAGGAUGCUUAACAGUCAUCCAGGAAUCUGGGAGACAGUGAAAAAAGCUGAGGAUGAGCAACCAAUUGAUUCAAUGAGUCUCUUUCCCAGCCUUGACUCAGGUUAGAGCUGUCUGAACACUGUUCUACUUAAACUGGCUGCUUGUGGUCCUCUAGAGACCUUCUGCCCUCUGGGGAUAGUUAGAAUGCUGUUGCCAUACACACUUCCUAACCUCUGGCUUGCCAUCUGUUAUGAAGGAGGCAUGGAAGCUAUUUUUGCUGGCUCUGGAAUAUUGGGAAUGCUCCCUUUUCCCUUGCACCCAGUGGGAAACUUGCAGCAAAAAGAACUUUGUGCACUAUAUGGGAAAUGGACCGAGUGUUUGUACAGUGUUGAUGCAGCUACAUUUGAUGCUUUAAAAAAAAAUGACAAGAAAAAUACAGAAGAGAAGAAAAACCUUAGACAGGUGGGCAUUUCUGAAGAACCAGAUGAGAUGCCUUUGCCAGAUUCUGAGAGUGUGCAUGUUAUACCUGGAAGUAUUUUACUCUGGAGGAUAGCACCAAGGCCUCCAGAUUCUGUCCAGGUUAGCCAGGGCUCUGAACACUUGGUGGUUUGACAGUUUGUUAAACUGUAAAAUGUACAAGGAACAUCUUAGCCACUGACUUGCCUUGCUCGUGAUGCACCACAAAUAAUUUUUGCUGCAAUGACCUUGAACUUUCGCAUGAAGACACAUGCUCUAAUGAGCUAUGUAAUGUGGAACUGCAUAUAUAGAUCUUGCAUUGUGGAUAGACGGGAAAGUGUGCAUGCUUGGCUUCUUUCUAGUUUAGCAUAACUUCACCACAGAAUCCUUGAUUAUGAUCAAGUAGAGCAAUUCCCUAAUUCGUAGUGGCCUAGAGAAUUCAGUCCCACUCUGCUGCUACUUAAGUGCUGCCAUCCAUUUAGGAAGCACGGUUAGUGCAUGACAGGCAGUUCAUAUGAGAGCUCACCAGAGAGGGUCCAUAGAGGAGCACAGUUGUCAAAAGACCAACCAUGGAACAAGAACCCAUAAGUCAGGCGGCUGAGCAGGACAGAGGAGUAGAUGUGUGGCUAGAGAGAUUUGGAAGCAGAAAAGAGAAUAGAGUGGCUGGUUGGGUAGGUGCAUACAGAGAAAAGGGAAGGUUGCUUUAGCAGAGGCCGUAAGAGUCCCUGCAGGAUGAAGAAUAAGGACAAAUGGAGGGAAGGAAGGAGGGAGGGAGAAACUAUGUAUUUGGCUAGUCAGAUCUCAUUCAAAUUAGAUGAGUAUAAAGGAACAUCCACAUAUACCAGGAACACUUUCACCUUGCUAGCAUCUUAAAACUACUAUUUUUAUAAUUAAGUGAUUAGAAAGCGGCUAUGAUUGCAUGUUACUACAGAUCAGUCAGUGUUCUUUUUCUGAAAACC